AUGAAAUUCAUCGCUGUUUCCAUUGCCUGCAUCCUCGCCGGUGCUAGUGCGUUCGAGUACCCUGAAUUCGUGCCCUUGCACAAGCGCCAGGAACCAGGCACUCCUGCCUACGAAUGUCAUGCCAACUGCGGCGGCAUUAUCACCGACGCCCGCUCGGAUGGGUACUGCGACAAAAGCGACUUCAAGACCAAGCUGAACGACUGCCUGGACUGCGCCCUCGAGUUCGAUAUCUGGAAGUACUAUGGGAAUUCGGUCUCAUCGGCCGCGGAGGAAUGCGGGCUUGACGCGACCCCGGUCGAGGGCUCAUCCAGCUCGUCUAGCUCUUCCUCUGCCUCGGAGACUGCCACUGAAACGAGCUCCGAGGCCGAGUCAAGCAGUACUCCCACCGAGUCUGCGACAGAGUCGACUUCGGCUUCUGAGACUACCGACUCGAGCACUACUGUGAGCUCCACCCCUGUGAUUCCUACAGUGACUACUCCUGCUACGACGACCCCGGGAAGCUCGUCCUCGAGCAGCCCAACCCCGGACCCUGAGUUCACUGGUGCUGCUGCGCUGAACAGACCCGCCGGAAUUGCCGUGGGUGGUCUCAUUGGAUCCCUCAUGGUGGCUCUUAUGUAG